AUGUCCGCCAAUUCCAUCCCCAUAUCCGGCCUCGCCGAGCUCGAAAAGCAUCUCGACGACCUCGUCACCUCCCCAGACACACCCCUCGAACCAAAGCUCCUCGAUGAUGUAGAGCUUCAACUCAACGAAACAAACACACCCCCCCUCCUCCCACGCCUCCUCCCCCCUCUAACAACAAUCCUCAAAACAACCCCCCACGACCCAAAACAGAUCGUCUCCCUCACAAUAAAGCUCCUCGCCCCCGUCCCCUUCACCAAAACCCUCCAACUAGCAGACGAAUCCUCCCUCCUCGCAGCCCUCCGCUCCCCCUCCCCGCACGCGAACCUCCUCGCCCUCGCCAUCCUCUCCAAAGCAUCCGCCUCUCCCUCCGACGCAGCAAUCCUCUCCCUCAUGCCCCGCGUCGUCGAAGAGCUCCUCCGCCGCUGGUUGUCUGCGCCCCAAGUCGAGUUUGGCGAGCGCGCGGGACGCGUGUUGGGCGAUUUACUCGAUGUCGACUGCGAGCUCCCGCCGCCGAGUCAUCUCCCCAGUUCCUCUGCGAGUGAAAUCGUGAAGAGGAGAGCGCCGGGCCAAGGACGAAUGUGGCGCCGCAUCUUCCACGAUAAAGAACUCUUCGGCCUCGUCCUCUCCCUCGCAAAGGGCGUCGACCCGUCCCCCACACAAGAAGGCGAGCAAGUCACACUCACUGAGCGCCAACUCUCCCUAGCACAAGGCCGCAUCCUCCGCAUCCUCCCCCGCCUAGCGGCCCUCAAUAUCGUCGAAGUAGGCGUGUCGCAGUUCCCGGACCUGACGGGGUCUUCAGAGACGGGUCUCCUUCAGCUGGCCGCGCUGCAUAUGGUGGAUAAGAGCGAUACGCUGAUGCACCUGAACCUCAUUGACUUUUUCGAGACGUUGCUGAGCGUCAUGCGCGUGGUGGAGCACUCGCAUCGGACGAUGGGUAUUUUGAAGGAUCUGGUGAGGCAGGCGACGAAAGAUGACAAUCUGUUGAAGAACGCUCUUCGUAGUCUGCCGGAUCGGACUGUGCCGGAGGAAUCCGAGGCACUGAGGACAUUCAUUAGGGACGUUCUAGCUUAA